ACAGGCGAGGGGACGGGCGGGACGCGACGGAGGGGACCGGCCGGCGGGCAGGAGAACGCAGUCAGAUGCAAGAUACGCCUCCCGCUCUCUGGAUUGAAAACUGGUUGAAAGACAGAGCUCAGAGGGCCGUGAUUAGGGGCACAGAGUCUGGUUGGAGGUCACGGCCCAGCAGAAGGUGCCUGAGAUGCUGAUGUGAUGUUCAGCGCUGCUGGCCAUAGCGGGAGCCGCGCUCCUCGGGGGGGCUAUGGGGAAGCUGCAGAGUAAAAUCAGCUUCCACCCUGCCAAAUACAGGGCCGAUGGCUCCGUGGAAGAGACGGGACCCGUCCGAGCCGCUCGGCAGCUCGGCCCCGUGCACACCGACGCCGUCGCUGCUGUGGCUGCUCUCACGCCGGACCUGUGUGUGUCGGGAGGAAGGGAUAAGAGUGUGGCCGUUUGCCGCUGGAGAUCCGGGGCUGCGCUGCGGCGGUUCGUGGGGCACCAGCGGGAGGUCACCAAGGUCACCUCUGCCCAUGACUCAAACAGAUUCUUCAGCGCAUCCCGGGACAAGACGGUGAUGAUGUGGGAGCUUCACAGGACUUCGGGGCCAAGCCAGCGCUUUCCAGGCCAUGACCUGGUGGUUACUGGACUGGCCGUGAGCCCGGAUGCCUCGCAGCUGUGCACGGGCUCACGAGACAACACCGUGUGCAAGUGGGACAUAGAGACCGGAGAGUGUCUGGGCAGAGCCGCUAUCUCCAGGAAUCUGGUCACACAUCUGUGCUGGGUUCCUGGGGGGCCUUACGUCGUCCAGACCUCAGAGGAUAAAAUGAUCAGGGUCUGGGACAGCCAGCAGCUGCAGGUGGCACACGCCUUCCCAGCCCAGCGGCACAUUCAGACCAGCUGCGACGUGAGCCCGGACGGGCGGCUCUGCCUCAGCACCAGCAGCGGCUGCGCGGGGGAGGGCGGCGAGGCCACCCUGUGGGACCUGCGGCAGACGCGGGACCGAGUGCGGGAGUACAAAGGGCAUUUCCAGACCACGACCUCCUGCGUCUUCCUUCCCCGGGGCCCAGCGCUCGUCCCCAGCAUCGCCACGGCCUCGCGCGACAGCACAGUGAAGGUCUGGGAGCGGGACACUGGAGCCUGCCUGGCCACCUUGUGCCUCGAGGGAUCGGGACCGCUGGCCUCACUGGCCGUCUGCGACAGCUCCACGCUGCUCUGCGCCAGUUCUAACUCCGGAAUUCACGUGCUCCAGAUGAGUGACCACACGGAGCUGGGGCUGGAGGAGGUGGCAGUGUUCUGACCAUAGUGAACUUUCCGUGACACGGGGCAGGGAGUGCUCAGCCUCCUUCCCCUUGCUCCAGGUGGAUGGAGCUGAACACAGUGCGACAGAAACCCUGCAGGGGGAUUUACACCCCAGGAACAACGCGAGUGUAAACACAGAACAGUCACUGGCAUCUGAGAUUCCAUCCUAAGCCAGCUGGAAACGUGGGAGCCCAGUAGGCAACUGCUGGGCCAGGAUUGUCCCGUGAAUGGCCACCUGAUGA